AUUAGUUCCCACGCACUCUCCUUCCCUGCGCCGUGCUGAGCUGGAAAAUGGCUGUGUGAGGGAGCAGGGAGUCAUGAACGGGAAAAGAAAGAAAGAGCGAGAGAAAGAAGGCGAAGCAAUAAGUGAACAUAGGGUCUGCUAGAAGUUUAAUGCACACCGAGAGGCUAUCGUCCGCAGAUAAGGCACUACACGGACUCUGUCUGCCACUUUGAAGUGUUAAAGCGCCGCAGACAAAAGUGAGAAGAGUCAAGAAAUAUCCGCGGGUCAGUCAUAAUCCCUGUCCAGAACAUGUGGGAGCCUGAGAGAACCAAAGAGGAUUAAAGACCUUCCCAUUCUGCCGCUCGUCCUCCAAUCAGACCACUUCAUUUGACCGUGGAGAGCCAACGACGCUGGGCCCUCGACUGGCAAAAUCUUUUACCAGGCUGCUCCAAAAGCACCCAGCCAGUAGGUUUUCGCUGCUUGAAAGAGUAUGUUGCCAACGCUCUCCCUCUGCUCCAUCAUCUGGCUCAACCGGGGUAUCAAGCUGAGGAAAGUGCACCAGUCCACCAACACUGGUCAGGUCUGAAACCGCUGCCGCUGCAAGCAUAACAGCAGCAGAACGCUACCUUAUCGACUUUUGAAAAUGCUUCUAAGCUUCGGGUGACUCCCCCUCCUCCCUCAUCCCCCUGACCCCCUAAGCCACCGUACCAACACCAGAGUUUAGUGACUCAACAGCCUUUUUGGUUUUUGAGGAGGAUUUCUGUAUAGCCGAACCCUGUUGUUGCAGUGGGACUCGGGCUGCACCAUCUAAUCCUCUAUUCGGUGGCCAUUUUGAUUUUUGCCUCCCUAACAAAAUGGCGGCGGAAGGUUUUCAGUACCUUGCUCUCUACGCAUUUACCAAGGACCAGGAGGAGGACCUGGAUCUGCAGCCGGGAGACCUUCUGACAGUCAGCAAGGCCUCUCUGCUGUCCAUGGAGAACUACCAGGAGGGCUGUGUGGAGCAGCCUGAGCGUCUCGGCUGGCUCCUCGGGUACAACGAGCGCACCAAACAGAGAGGUGACUUCCCUGGGACGUAUGUCGAGUAUGUGGGCCCUGUCAAGAUGGUGCUCCCAUCGAGUCAACCCAGGUCCCAGCGACCCCUUCCUGCUGCUCCAAGACCAGAGUCGUCUGAAGCUGUUUCUGUGCCGGACCUGAGCGAGCAGUUCACACCGCCAGAGACGGCUCCCCCAGCCCUCGUCAGCCUGAUCCAAGCCAUAGAGAAGAGAGGUCUGGACUGCAAAUCAUUGUACAGGACAACUGGUUCCUCAGGUUCAGACAGCCCAGUGUACAGCCUGUGCUCUGAGAGUGACAUAGGUCAGAAAGAUGUGGGUCACCUGUCUGAGUGUGUCCUGCACUACUUGAGAGACCUCCCGUCACCCGUCAUCCCUGCCUGUAUCUACCCUCACCUUCAAACUGCUGUCACACUGCAGCAGCAAGUCCUACAGCAGUCAGCAGAUGGUGCAGUCGCUGGAACCCUAGACAGAGAUGUAAGCCUGGUCCUCGAGAGCUCCGCCACCGUCCCUCUCCAUCACCGUCUCACCCUGCAGUACCUCCUCACACACCUGGCCAAGGUCACCCAGGCGCAGGCCAGCAACGGCCUGGACACACACACGCUGGGAAUGAUCUUCGGACCGCUGCUGAUACGGGCAGGCCCCUCUACCCCUUGGGUGUCACUGGAUGAGGAGUUCCCUGCCCUUGUGGUGGAGAGGCUGCUGAUAGAGAGAACUACGGAACAAGACCUCCCCCCUCCAGUUCUUCCAGCAAAGCCAGUUAAGUCAAAAAUGGCACCAUCAGCCAUGACAGACACAAGCAGCCUGCUGACCGAUGCUGAGUGGUACUGGGGAGAAAUCUCCAGAGAGGAAGUGAAUGAGAAGCUGCGAGACACUCCAGAUGGCACCUUUCUGGUCCGAGAUGCCUCCAGUAAACUGGAGGGCGAGUACACUCUGACCCUCAGGAAAGGGGGGAACAACAAGCUUAUAAAGAUUUACCACCGAGAGGGGAGGUACGGCUUCUCAGAGCCUCUAACCUUCCUGACUGUAGUGGAGCUCAUCAAUCACUACCGCCACGAGUCCCUGGCCCAAUACAAUGCCAAACUGGACACCAAGCUUCUGUACCCUGUCUCCAAAUACCAACAGUUGGUGAAGGAGAACAGUAUAGAGGAAGUGGGAGAGCAGUUGAAGGUUUAUCAUGAGCAGUACCAGGAGAAGAGCCGCGAGUACGACUCGCUGUACGAGGAGUACACACGCACCUCACAGGAGCUGCAGAUGAAGCGCACAGCCAUUGAGGCCUUCAAUGAGACCAUCAAGAUCUUUGAGGAGCAGUGUGAGACUCAGGAGCGCUACAGCAGAGAGUCAUUGGAGCGAUUCCAGCGCGAGGGCAAUGAGAAAGAGAUUCAAAAGAUCCAGAGCAACUCAGAGCGUUUGAAGUCUCGUGUGAAGGAGAUCCACGACAGCAAGCGGAAGCUGGAGCAGGACCUGAGACAGCAGGUCUCUGAUAACAGAGAGAUCGACAAGAAGAUGAACAGCCUCAAGCCGGAUCUCAUGCAGCUCCGCAAAAUCAGAGACCAGUACUUGAUAUGGCUGACGCAGAAGGGGACAAGGCAGAAGAAGAUCAAUGAAUGGCUGGGCAUAAAGAAUGAUGCUGAUGACUCCUACUCGCUGGAGGAGGAUGAGGGCUCACCCCACCAUGAUGAGUGUACCUGGUAUGUGGGUGACAUCAAACGCACCCAGGCUGAGGAAAUGCUGAGAGGCAAAUGUGACGGAACCUUCCUCAUCCGUGAGAGCCAAUCACAGAAGGGCUCCUACGCCUGUUCUGUAGUUGUGGAGGGUGACACCAAGCACUGCGUCAUCUACAAGACGGUCACAGGUUAUGGAUUUGCUGAGCCCUACAAUCUGUACUCAUCCCUCAAAGACCUGGUGCUCCACUACAAAAAUGUCUCCUUGGUCCAACACAACGAUCAGCUGAAUGUAAAUCUAGCCUACCCAGUCCUGGCCCGCUCUCAGAACCAGAACCAGCACCCCAGAUGAAUUAUCCACCAGCAGUGUAGGAUGCCAACCAGGGUGGGGAAACAAGAUUUUCACUCAAAUGCAUUGGGAAAGAAUAAACCUCUGAACAAUGCUUGUUCUUGUUUAAGUGGCAAUAAGUAGACUCAACAGCCACAAUUUAAAAUUCAUACGUUUUGGCUGGAGGCUGGUGCUAAUUUUUCACACUGACCCCAGUCCAGCAAAGAGCACUCCUUGCUAACAGUAUGACUUCAAAAUAAGCACACUACUACCAGUAACGAAGCACUGUACAGUUAGCCUGGCUGACGCAGUGAGUUUUAACUUGAGGUGAGUGUUGCAUUAGCCAGCCAUGACUCUACAGUGUCAGUUAUGAAAAAAAGUAUGAGAAAUUCACCAAGAAAUAACCUUUGAUACAGAGAAAAAACAAACUAAAUGUGUUAAAAGAAUUAAAAAUAAGCACUCAAAAAUGUUGUUUUCAAGAUCGUGGAGAAGAGGAGAGAAACCAGAUGGUGGGAUGAAUUUACAGGAGGCACUUUUGUUUUUUUGCCUUGAACAUGUGAUAACUGUCCAUAGACAAAGGCCCGAUCUGUCAUCCCCAGACUGCCUGCAAACUCUCUGUCGACAAAAGCCUGAGCUGUCAUCCACUGAAAGAACUGGUUUGGCUAAACCAGGCUGCUCGCUUCACACCUAAAGGCGGCUGAGAAACCGUGGACCAGGCGGGUGUUGUCACUGGAGCCGGAGGGGGGGAAGGAUGUGGGAGGGAAGGGGACAGAAAUUGCUGGGGUUGAUGUUUUUUUUUUUUUUUUUUUAAAGAUUGAUUGAAUUUAAAGCUUGCUUAAGUGCCAUAGAAAUAGCUUUGAAUGACCACAAGCCUGUGUCACUAGAACAAGGGGGCAUGUAGAGGUUGAAAGAAGGAAGAGAUGGAAGGAUGGAACGAGCGGCUGUCAACAUAGACAAAGCUACAGCUUUAAAAGAUACACACACGUAGGUAUAUUUUUUAUGAAAUGUUCUUUAUUUCCAACUGCUUUGGCUCGUUGCGCUCUCAGUGGGCCUCCUUUUGAAUUGAUGAGGUACAGCAUACAGUUAAUACUGUAUUACAGGAUAGAAAUGCAUGGUACAUAUUUGGUAUAUUGUGGAUAUAGAAUUACUUUUUAAUCACAAUACACUAGAUGGAGAGGUACAUUGAUAAAUGCAGUUCCACAUGAUUCAGGUUUCCUUCUAAAUGGAAAUUGUGGAAAGACUCCUGCAUCAAACGUCUCUUUGUUUCAGACUUCUUCCUUCUUUUUUCAUCCUCUUUAAUACUGUAGCACCUGUAGCCAUCGACUUAAGGCAUAACUGUUAGUGCUCCUCUUUUGUGUCUUGUUUCUGUAUGCUAAAGAAACUUGCAGAGCAUCAAUCUAUGUGAUUCUUGUAUCUUCGGUACUGUAUUUGCCUUGUCUCUAGAUAGAUUAGACUGUUUUAGCAGUACAAUGUCCUUGCAGAUGUUUAUUGUCAUUUUGUUUUGAUGCAGAUUUACUCACGGUAUUUCGUGCUUCCUGCCCCCUUGCGCUUGACUGUUCAUUUCAUCACAAGCUUGACUCACAGAGCUGUAGAACAUUGAUGUACAAAAAAAGAAAGCAGUAAUAUAACUCAUGUACAGUAUAUUUCAGACACACAUGCAGUCAGUGUAUGUGACUUUAUACAGUUUCAUUGCUGUGUUUCUUUAUGUUUUCAGAAUAUUUGCUAUGCUCUUAGAUUUCUGUUUAAGGAUGCACAGUAUCCAGCUAAUGUGAGCCAAAUGAAGGAUGUCUUUUCAUGUAGCAAGAAAGAAAAGAAAAAAAGAACCAGCCAUUUAGCAUGGCCUCUGUGGUCAGAGAGAUUAUUCUAGUACAGUAUGCAUGGAGUCCUUCAUUUGGGUUGUUGUUUUCCUUUUUUCACUUGGCACCAGUGGUUCAUUAUUGUACUUUUUGUAGUUCAUAUACAGUAUCAUUUUCAGUAUGAUGUGUGGUAGUACUAUGCACAACACAGUCAUAUGUGGAUAAUAAGUUUUCGAUUUACAGACAGAGUUCUCCGAUCAGUUCCCUCCCUCUGUUCUGUGCUGUGGCUGUGCAUUUCUCCCCGUCUCCCUCAUGUUCAUUUGGCUUGAGGUAAAGCUUGUACCAUCUUUGUUCUAUGCUACUUUCAAAGCACAGUUCAUUUGUGUGGACGCAGGGUUAUUCAGUAAUUCUAGUGUGGUCAAUGAAAAUGAAAUGAAUGAAAAUUUAAUUUGAUUUACAUAGUUGAUUUCUUGAGAAUGAAUGAAUAAUCUCAAUUCUUCUCAUUUCUUACAUAUAGACUUAGAUUGCCAAAAAGAAAAAAAGUAUUUUUGUAGAAAGGUAUAGAAGAGUCAAAAGUAAUUGAAAGUUUUAGAAAAAAGUGCACAGUUUUUAAAGGUUGCACAUUUGGCAUUUUGAAUUUAUCUUUAUUUUUGUUGAAACUUGAAGUUUUGUUCCAAAAUGAGAUUUUCACCGUCUCUUCUGGUCAUGAAAGUCAAUUAUGAGUAAAUAUCAAACCUAUGUUUCAUCUGAAGACCUACUGUAAGCUUUCAACAAACACAAUGCUUUUCGGCAUUGUAUCAUUUCUGUUUUUGAAACGUUGAUUCACAAAUUUCAGGUAGCAACGUUUUUCCAAACAGACCAAUUCCAUUUUCAAAUAAAACCUAACUCGAUCUGAAAAGUUCAAAUCAAGACAUCAGUUUGAUUUCCGUCAGGACGAAACAAUUGUACUGUAUUUUGCACAGUUCUUGGCAAGUAGAAAAUCCCAAGUAGAGGUGACGGCGGUGCUUCUGAUUAGAGGGCUAUAAAAACACGUAAACGAUAAAGAUUAGAAGUGCCUUUAGUCGUUGUGAUGAGCUCAUCUUCUCCUUGUGUCAUUGAGCGUUGCUCUACAAGAUGGUGCCACCACCACCAUAUGCUGUGCCCCAUUUUUCACCCAUUUGCCAUUUAUCAAAGACUAAAGGGUAUCUGGCAAAUUAGCAUAGUUGUGUGUGAUCGUGUGUAUGUCUGUGUUUGUUAGAGCAAAUCUGAGCAUGUUAUAGAUAAGAGAGUGACAGAUUUUAGUUGUGCAUCUUUGUUACACCUAUAGUUGUUACAUAUUCCUUCUUUCUAUGGUGGGGGCUGUACAGUAGCUUGGUGCUCUCUCUCUCACUGUGCACCAAAGCUAGAUUUCUUUGGUGUGUGUGUUUUGUUUUUUUUUUUUUGUUUUUUUUUUUGUCUGGUAUAUUUUUGAAUAAAACUCAGAUAAGACAGAAAUGUGAACCGUACACAUCCGUGGCCCAGCCCAGUUGUUUGAAGCUCAUUUGAUAAGCUCUCAAGUUAAUGCAUGCAGCAUUUCUCAGUGUUUUAUAUUAAGAGUCAGUUCGUUCGUGAACAGGCAAGCUGGUUGAGUCAUCCGCCACUGCUGACACAUCCAUUAUCCAGUUUGUUGGACCAACACUUUUGUGACUGCACUUUUUUUCUGUUCCACACACUCAAUCUAGUGUGUCUAAUGGCCAACAACCAUAAACUCGCAGACAGUGGUGAAGCUCAGUUGUCAAUAGUGUUUUUAGUGAUAGUUUUAAGAUCUUUCCAUACAGCAUAUCAGGAGUGAUUGACAUUUUUCUUUAUGAUGUCGGAGUAUACAGUGUACAGUAUAUGCUUUUGUUGUUUUUGCGGUCAACAACUGUCAUUUAAUUCUGAUGCUUUUGACUGAUUACAAUGUUUUCAUUAUAGAGUUAGUUUUACUAUAUGGACUGUAUAAACUCUAAUACUUUUCAAACCAAUUUUAAGGAGAGCUGCUGGCUCAUUAUGCAAUUUGUGUUCACACAGCAAAAUUGUCCUACUUAACAAGACAAAUAACAUUAAUUUUCCUACAGGGUCAUUCACCCAAAUUACAGAAAGAUGUUUUUUCACUUUCUACUUGCGGUAUCUAAACAUGCAGGUAGAUUUUGAGAUAUCAAUCUUUUUAAUUUUCCUUGGAACUACUUUCCACUGAAGAAAUAGUUCCUAAGAAAACUCUUCACAGUGAGGUCUGUAGAUUAUUCAGAGUAACCAAAACAUUGUUUCUGGACAUAUUGCUAUUAAAUCCUUUUAGCAUUACAAACAAAAUUCAGUUCACCUCCAUUGUACUGGUGUGGCUCAGCACAUGAAAGUGAAACUAAAUGCAUGGCUAGAUACCGCUGGGGGAAAGUGAAGAUGUUGGGUUUUUUGGGGGGGAUUUUUGUAAACCAACCAUUUAUAAACAUGUCUGGGAAAAUCAUGUCAGUGGAGCGAGAUAGUUGCAGUUUAUUCCAAAACAGUUCAUGAACCAGGUGGUUCUGCUUCCAUUUAAGCAAUGUGCUCAACGUUUUGAGUUGCUUAAAGAAUAAUAGAAAUGUAAAACUGAAUAGCUUCCUGCAUCACUUGUUAAGAUGAACAUUUUUGCAGUGUAGGUAAACACUUUCAUCUGCCAUAUAUGCCAUGUUUAUCACAGAUGUUUAAUAGCUAGAAACAAUGCAACUUUAGUAGCAAUGAAACCUGGUCGGGCAGUGAGACGGGCAGAAGGUGAAGACUUUAUUGCGCUUUGACUUAGAGUUGAGAUUUUAAUCCUACUUUUGGUAGACAUUACUCUGAAACUCAAAGCUUUCAUCCUGCUCAUCUAUUAGAUAUGCAUUUGUGUCGGAGCUUCUUGAAAAACAUUUUUCUAUAUGACAAAUGAUCAUUCAAGGAAUUAAAUAUUUUUUCAUCAGCUUUGGUACACUGUAAAUGAUAUUUCUUGAAAUGGCCUCACACACAAAGCACAUCUUUCACUGACUACAAAGAAAGACAUAUAUUUGGUGUCUAUUAAGGUUUGAAGAAUGAGAGACGUACUAGAGAAUAAAUAUUUUGAAAUAUAUUCUUAGAUAUCUAUAUUUUUAGAUGAUGUCAUUCUGAUUUGGACUGUGCUUGAAACAAAUCAGAAGGAGGCUUUGAUGUGAACAUGAUCUUUAGACUUGCUCCACGGCUGCUUUACAUUCGAGCAGUUAUUGAAACGCAAGCAUUUUUACUAAUCAGCUGCAGUGAGCUUCAUCAUGAUCAGCAACAAACUUUGUGUUUACAGUUGAUCGACAUACAUGUAAUCUAUUAAGCAUGAUUAUCAGGUGCAUUCAGAGGAUGAAGCAAGCUUAUGUACAUGUGUUAAUAUUUACAGAGCUGAGUCUAUAUGUUAAAUGCAGUCUUGGCUGCUUUGCAUUUAUUAAAUAUUAGAGAGGAGUUGUUUCUUUUCUUUGUUUUUCUUGAACGUGAGAAUCUGUUUUGUCAUUUGGAAGAUUCUGGUUUUUGUGAGUAGACAAGUGUUAACAGUUGCACCACAAAAGAUACACUUACUGUAGGAUUCUGCCACAGAGAUCCACUACAGAUUGGACAAAGUGAACCAUCUUUACCACUGUAUCUUCCUUUGGUAGAUCUCUGUGGUCUCUGAGGGGUUGUUGUUUUUUCUUUUUUUGGCCUGGACACACAGGCAGGAAAAAAAGAAAAAGUAAAACCUGUUAAAAAGGUACACGAUUCAACGGUUCAUGAUCACUCCUUUACGCAGAUCUUUGUACAUGAAACAAUGAUGGCAUUAGAAAGUGUUCUUUUAUGGUGCCUGAGUAUUUUUAAUUUUUUAUUUGGCUUUUUAAAAAAGCCGAUAGAUUUGUCUGUCCAAGUGUUAUUUUUGUUUGUUUGUUUAUAUGUUAAUGAUAACCUUACAGAGCCUAUAAAGAAAAAAAUAAGCUAGCUUGAAAUUUUUCCUCCAUACAGAAAAAAGAAAUACAAAUGUUUACAAUAUGUAAUUAACCAAAUAGUAAAUAUGCGUUUGAGAAUCAAUCUGUCUGUCCCUCAAAGUGGCUGUGGUAGAUUGAUUUAUAUUUCAUUAUUUCCUCUGUCAAUUUAAACUUGAAGAUGUUAUGACUGCUUGUUCUGUUUUUUUCUGUUUCAGUUUGUUCCUCUUUUUUUUCUUUUUUCUUUCUUUUUUUACUUAUGAGAACAGUGCUCCCUCAAUUUCAAAAUAAUAACUCAACAGUAUAGUUCAACAAGAUUAAUUUUUCCAUAUUACAUAGGUAUUCAUCAGUCUUUGUCAUUCUUUACCUGCUGACUACUUCACCUUACACUGAGCCUUGUAUAUGCAGGACUGAAUCCUAACUUGAGACGCUGUCGCAUCUUUUGCUGUUUAUAUUAUGUACAGUUUGGUAGAUUUCAGUAUGACUCUGCCAGGUGUUUCUCUGGAAAGGACUCAGUUCAAAGAACUUAUAGUGGGUGAUACCCACAUGUUGUGAAUAACAGUAAAAACACACCACUUGGUGAACAUGCUUGAGUACAGUUUUAGUACACAAACAGUUGGAAAUUCAGGAAUAACUAUCAAGAGGCAUCCCGUUCUUGAUUUUGCACUACACAGCAAAUGAUACUCAAAUGAAAAGCUGAAUCAGUUGCUCCAUUGGUUGGUUAACAAAUUUUUAAGACCAAAAUGUAUCCACUAUAGUCUCAGCUUGUGUGUGAUUUCCAUUUCACAUAUGAUGACGUUAACAACCGCACUUUUUCUGCCUGUAUACAAUCGUGUCACAUCAUCACUUCUCAGUCUGGACUUUUAUCAUUCUGAUGGGAAUGUUGUGGUAUUUUUCACUGGUGUACAGUAGUUCAUAUUCAAGACCCAACGCUGCACGUUGGAGACAAGAUUGGCAGUGAUCCAUUUGGCAACGGCCUGGGCAACAUUACAGAGAAGCAGCCAUUUAAAACAUGUAUCCACAUUUUUACACUAAUAUCAAGGCAUUGUCUUGUCUCUGCUCUUCCAUGUUGCCCAACAAGUUGCCUAGUGUAUCACUGCCUCAGCAGCAGCAACAGUUACAUGGUUCUUAAUGCAUAGUAAGUAAUGAUGUGGUCUUCUCUUUCUUUCAAAAAUGGUGAAUGGAAAUGAAUGGGGCAGUCAGAUAAAGCUACUCUACACCAAAGUGCAAUUGAACUCAGAGGGAGCACUGUUGUUUCAGCCAGUAGAGGCCUAUUGGUUGAGGUGUGCCCAACCCCUAUGCACCACAAGAUGGUUAUUAUUCUUCUCUUCUUUUGUGUUAUCCUCCCUCGUUGGUCUGUCUUAAUUCAGAUGCGACGCUUCUUUCUUUCUCUCUCGUGUACAGCUUGCUUCAGAGUUGUGUUUGUCCUCAGACAGGUACUCUUUCAUCUGUACGGUUCUUUCUUUAGGCUGAUGCAAUGAUUUUAAAAGACAAUAAAAGUUAUAUGAAAUGAA